AUGGAUACUUCUCCCUCCAAAAAAUAUCCAGUUAAAAAACGGGUGAAAAUACACCCAAACACAGUGAUGGUGAAAUAUACUUCUCAUUAUCCUCAGCCUGGGGAUGAUGGAUAUGAAGAAAUCAAUGAAGACUAUGGAAAUUUUAUGGAAGAAAAUCCAAAGAAAGGCCUGCUGAGUGAAAUGAAAAGAAAAGGAAGAACUUUCUUUGGAACCAUGGAUACUCAACAUCCACCAACAGAAGACCCAAUGACCAAUGAGAUUGGACAAUUCCAAAGCUUUGCAGAAAAAAAUAUUUUUCAAUCCAGAAAAAUGUGGAUAGUGCUGUUUGGAUCUGCUUUGGCUCAUGGAUGUGUAGCUCUUAUCACUAGGCUUGUUUCUGAUCGUUCCAAAGUUCCAUCUCUAGAACUGAUUUUUAUCCGUUCUGUUUUGCAGGUCUUAUCUGUGUUAGUUGUGUGUUACUACCAGGAAGCCCCCUUUGGACCCAGUGGAUACAGAUUGCGACUCUUCUUUUAUGGUGUAUGCAAUGUCAUUUCUAUCACCUGUGCUUAUACAUCAUUUUCAAUAGUUCCUCCCAGCAAUGGGACCACUAUGUGGAGAGCCACAACCACAGUCUUCAGUGCCAUUUUGGCUUUUUUACUUGUAGAUGAGAAAAUGGCUUAUGUUGACACAGCUACAGUUGUUUGCAGCAUCUUAGGUGUUUGUCUUGUCAUGAUCCCCAACAUUAUUGAUGAAGAUAAUUCUUUGUUAAAUGCCUGGAAAGAAGCCUUUGGGUACACUAUGACCGUGAUGGCUGGACUGACCACUGCUCUUUCCAUGAUAGUAUACAGAUCCAUUAAGGAGAAGAUCAGCAUGUGGACUGCACUGUUUACCUUUGGUUGGACUGGGACAGUCUGGGGAGUAUCUACUAUGUUCGUUCUUCAAGAACCCAUCAUCCCAUUAGAUGGAGAAACCUGGAGUUAUCUCAUUGCUAUAUGCAUUUGUUCUACUGCAGCCUUCUUAGGAGUUUAUUAUGCCUUGGACAAAUUCCAUCCAGCUUUGGUCAGCACCGUGCAACAUCUGGAGAUUGUGGUAGCCAUGGUGUUGCAGCUUCUAGUGUUACAUAUAUUUCCUAGUGUCUAUGAUGUCUUUGGAGGGGUAAUCAUUAUGAUUAGUGUUUUUGUCCUUGCUGGCUAUAAACUUUACUGGAGGAAUUUAAGAAGGCAGGAUUAUCAGGAAAUACUAGACUCUCCCAUUAAAUGA